GCGCAGCGCUCCUCCGUAAUCCGGCGCUGAGAGGGAAGGACCCUGGGUUUAGCAGCGGCUCCCCCGAGCAGCAGUUUUAACAGAACUCCCGCCUUCCUGGAUCCUCUGCUGUCCGGCUCCGAGUCGCGGGCAGAGUUUGGACAAUGGCCGAUAAAGAGGUGUACGACGAUGCGGUGGAGGAGCGGGUCAUCAACGAGGAGUACAAGAUCUGGAAGAAGAACACGCCCUUCCUGUACGACCUGGUGAUGACGCACGCGCUGGAGUGGCCCAGCCUGACAGUGCAGUGGCUCCCGGAUGUCAGCAGGCCGGAGGGGAAGGACUACGCGGUCCACAGGCUGGUUUUAGGGACGCACACAUCAGACGAGCAGAACCACCUCGUUAUCGCGAGCGUCCAGGUUCCAAACGACGACGCCCAGUUUGACGCGUCGCACUACGACAGUGAGAAAGGAGAGUUCGGCGGCUUCGGUUCCGUCAGCGGGAAGAUUGAGAUCGAGAUAAAGAUCAACCACGAAGGCGAAGUGAACCGAGCGCGCUACAUGCCCCAGAACCCCUGCAUCAUUGCCACCAAGACUCCCACCUCCGACGUGCUGGUCUUCGACUACACUAAACACCCGUCUAAGCCAGAUCCCAGCGGGGAGUGUAGUCCCGACCUAAGACUGAAAGGUCACCAGAAAGAAGGAUAUGGCCUUUCCUGGAAUCCAAACCUCAGCGGCAACCUGCUCAGCGCCUCCGACGACCACACCAUCUGCCUGUGGGACAUCGGGGGCGGUCCAAAAGAAGGGAAGAUCUUGGACGCAAAGACCAUCUUCACGGGCCACACGGCGGUCGUGGAGGACGUCUCCUGGCAUCUCCUCCACGAGUCACUUUUCGGCUCAGUCGCCGACGACCAGAAGCUGAUGAUAUGGGACACGCGCUCUAAUAACACGUCCAAAGCGAGCCACUCGGUGGACGCUCACACCGCCGAGGUCAACUGUCUGAGCUUCAAUCCCUACAGCGAGUUCAUCCUGGCCACCGGCUCUGCCGAUAAGACUGUUGCAUUGUGGGAUCUGAGAAACCUCAAACUGAAGCUUCACUCCUUCGAGUCACACAAAGAUGAAAUUUUCCAGGUACAAUGGUCUCCUCACAACGAGACGAUCCUGGCGUCCAGUGGCACCGACCGGCGUCUCAAUGUCUGGGAUCUCAGCAAAAUUGGGGAGGAGCAGUCUGCAGAGGACGCUGAAGACGGCCCGCCAGAGCUCCUGUUCAUCCACGGCGGCCACACGGCAAAGAUCUCAGACUUCUCCUGGAACCCCAACGAGCCCUGGAUCAUCUGCUCAGUGUCCGAGGACAACAUCAUGCAAGUGUGGCAGAUGGCAGAGAACAUCUACAAUGACGAGGAGCCCGACAACACACCUGCGUCAGAGCUGGAGGCUCAGGGAUCAUAACCCCGCACAGGCUCCACCCCCCCCAACCUCUGACCCCCACCCGUCCUCUCCCUCCCUCUGAUUCAUCUCAGUGCGAAACGAACAGUGCGGAGCAUUGGAGGCGUCACGCUUUGCUUCACCACUGCCCGGUACCCAAAAGCACCGAUGCACCUGGAAAAGAUUAGAACUGAAGUCCCUCUCGGGUGGGCGGAGCUCGAUGGAUUGGCUCUGUGUGCACGCUGUCGCUGUGAAUUCAUUUUAAAAGGGCUGACGGAAGGAAACGCUGCGUUACAGCAUAGCUCGCUCCGUUCCUCCACCUGCAGCUCCUGUUAGAUGUUCCCGAGUUGACGACGUGUCCUCCGAACAAACAUUCCCGCUGCGUUCGCCUCCCGCUCCUUCCGUACUUCCUCACCCCUGCAUUCGGCUAAAUUCCUACACCCGAGGGAAACAGACGUUUGUUUGUUCUGUUACAUGAUGUGAAACUUUAGUUUUUGGUUCCUGCACCUCUGAUCGCAAUAAAGCUUUUGUAACUUUUCCAAAAA